UCUCUACUCAUAAAGUCUGUAUUUAAGCAAGGUUCUCUAAUGGAGAAAACUCGUGAAAGUGGGUUCCUGUUCUGUAAUUUGUGUGGGACGAUGCUGAUCUUGAAAUCAACCAAGUAUGCAGAAUGUCCACUCUGCGAAACAACGGGAAAUGCCAAAGAAAUCAUUGAUAAGAAUAUAGCUUACACAGUUUCUUCUGAGGAUAUUAGAAGAGAACUAGGAAUAUCUCUGUUCGGUGAAAAAACGCAGGAAGAAGCUGAGCUACCAAAGAUCAAAAAGGCAUGCGAAAAAUGCCAGCAUCCGGAGCUUGUCUACACAACAAGACAGACAAGAUCAGCUGAUGAAGGACAGACAACAUAUUACACUUGCCCCAAUUGUGGACAUAGAUUCACAGAAGGUUGAGAUUAUUAUCAUCACAGAGAAGACCAGUUUUGUUUCUUACAUUGAUGUUACAAAUACAAACUCAGUAUUCAA